CUCCUACUGGGGAGUGCCAAUAUGCCCUACCGUUGGCUUCAAAGCCUAUCAAUGGCCAAUACAUAGCAUUAGCAAUCCAAGGUUUAUAUACAUCGUUUGUUGGCACUAGCUCAAGACUGAGGGAUACCAGUAAUGUAACUAACUUUACAUGACAUAAUCCUUACGAACGCGCGCAACCGUUUUUCAAGCUAAGUUGUUUCGCAAUAUUAGGUAUUAUUAGGUAUAAAUUACUGCAGGGUGAGUAUAACCGACUACAGCUAAAGUAGUCAAAAGCAUGCACCUGCUAUGCACGCAUAAUGUUGAACGUGCGCCAGUCGUUAUAGCACUCGAAGAGUGUUGUGCAGUCAAUAGUGGCUAAAUGCAAAGCCUACUGUAUAUAGGUUGGUCCAUGCAAAUAAUGUUGCUAUUGCGAUAUUGCAGAACUUAGUGAAAAUGAAUUGCUUAAUCCAUUUAAUUGGCCUUUAGAAAUCAUUGUACCUCAAUACAAUGUGUAAUUUACCCUGUAUUGUGUGGUGGUUUUGCUGUCGCCGAGGCUCAGAUGUGAGGGGAGCGUCCACCGUCUGCCACUCGUUUCCAUUGGAACAGACGAAGGCUCCGAGGGCUGGCGGAGGAUGCCGAGCUCAGGCCGGAAGAUGUCUGUUUCUGAUGUUUGGAUGAUGUCUAUUUCUAAUGUUUGGCAGAUUAAAUAGCAUAUCGCCAUGCAGCAUAGGACUUUUGUGACAGACUGAUGAAGCCGAUAGUGGUUUGCGGGAGGACGCAGGCGCCACGCGGCGAUUGAUAAGAAUAUGUGGGGUUCUGGUUUCGCCUCGUCCCGACCUUGUGUAGUUGAACUCGGGCGGAAUCACAGUGUGCCCUUGGGGAUAUGUGGUCCCGACGACCCUCACUCUCUUUAUGGCUAUAUCGUCGCAAUUCCUUUACGGGACUACGGUGGGAUCAUGUCGGGAUUGGGUUCGGAUUCCUGGUGGAAGAAGACCAUCUAUAUCACCGGCGGUGCCCUCCUCGCGGCUGCUGCCUAUCUAUUACAUGAGCUGCUCGCCAUCAGGAAGGAGCUAGAGUUGGACUCUAAAGAUGCCAUCAUCCUCCAUCAGUUCUCAAGGCCAAACACGGGGGUCCCCAGCCUCUCACCAUUCUGCCUCAAGAUGGAGACCUACCUACGCAUGGUUGACCUGCCCUACCAGAACUACUUUGAUGGGAAGCUCUCUCCACAGGGCAAGAUGCCAUGGAUUGAGUAUAACCGGCAGCAGGUGUCGGGGUCAGAGUUCAUCAUUGACUUCCUGGAAGAGAAGCUGGGCGUCAACCUCAACAAGAACCUCAGUCCCCAGGAAAGAGCCGUGUCCCGGGCUGUCACCAAGAUGGUGGAGGAGCACCUCUACUGGACAAUAGCCUAUUGCCAGUGGGUAGACAACCUGGAGGAGACCCAGAAGAUGCUGUCAGUCACUGGUCCUCUCGGUGACAUGCUAAAGUGGAUCCUCAGCCACCUGACCAGCAGCAUGGUGCAAAGGGAGAUGUACGGCCAUGGCAUCGGACGCUUCUCCAAGGAGGAAGUCUACAAGCUGAUGGAGAAGGACAUGCGCACGCUGGCAGAACUGCUCGGAGAUAAGAAGUACUUAAUGGGACCUAAAAUGUCGACAGUAGACGCUGCUGUGUUUGGUCACCUGGCCCAGGCCAUGUGGACACUACCUGGCACACAACCUGAACAGCUCAUCAAAGGCGAGCUCGUCAACUUGGCCAUGUUCUGUGAGCGCAUGCGGAGAAAGUUCUGGCCUGAGUGGUUUGUGGACAUAGAGGACCUGUGCUAUGACGGAGCAGACACUGACAGCAGCGAGGGCUCUCCUACUACAUGCCUGAUGGACUUUGGCCUGUUCUCCCGGACAGACACCAUGGAGGAGAGUGAAGCCUCUGACAAACACACACACUCACACACUGACUCCCCCGAUAUGGACCACUCACUGUUCGACUCAGACGUGGGCACAUGCUCGGAGAACGAGCCGCGGCUCAAGUGUGACCCUCCUAGUCCUGACCUCCCUAAUUCUGCCCCUUCCAACCCCAGUCCCAAACCUCCCAACCCUUGACCGAUCCUCAUCCAGUGAGGUGGGGUGGUUUUGGCUGAGGCGGUCAGACGGCCGGAACGUCAAACUAAUCAGGGCGCUGCUAUCUGGAUUGGCAUCAUAGAGCUGUGGAACACAGAGGCACAGUUCUCGCUUCUGCUGCUGCCUCUCCCUCUCUUUCAGAGAUCUGUGCUCACACAUGGAGGCACAGUUAUAUUCCAUGAUGACUGAAAACUAUAUCCUAACAAUGUAAUAUCAGUGCACUCCGACAAACUGGGUAUUUGUAUGCAGAGCGUAUAAAUCGAACCCCAUGUUACAUGCGUUGCAUUAUGAUUUCCUCACCCCUAGUGGUGGUGACAUUGCCAACAUGUCACAAUCACAGACGUUGCCUUAUUUGUGUCAGUUGUCCCAGGGUACAGGCUAGCGUGAAACAUUUUGAGAGAGAUUGUUGGUGGAAACGGGUGUGUCUGUCCAUGGAAUACAGGCAACACGGCUGUUUCUUAGAACUGUAACUAGUGAAAGAGAGACCAUGAUAAUGGUGAUGGUAGCAGAAACAUUAAAUCACUGGAUUUUAGAGAACAGGGGUCAGUCAUUUGCGAAGACGUGGACACAUAUUGUAAAGUGAUAUAUAUAUAUAUAUGAGUCUGUUUACUAUGGCGGCUGCUCUAGUCUGUGUCUUACUAACGGUGGGCUAUUCUAACAGUAGUCCUAUGGUUUGUGGCUUGCUGCUGAGCAUCAGCCACAAUCACUGGCCUUUCCAUCAACCAUUUGUGUCAAACUUCACUCUAGUAAAGGAGAUUGAGAUGUGCAAAAGAAACUGGAGAUGUAACACUCUUGUCCGAGAGUACACUUACCAGUACAGGCUGGUUGUAGAGCCGACUCUUGUAUCUCACCACUAGAGGGUGCUCUAUCUAUACAUUCAUCCUGCUGUCUAUUUAGCUCUAUGGUUUCGAGUCCUGCAGUUUUUGCCACUUGGAAUGUUAAAGGCCCAGUGCAGUCAAAGCGUGACAUUCCUGUGUUUUAUACAGUUGAAGUCGGAAGUUUACAUACACUUGGGUUGGAGUCAUUACAAUUUGUUUUUCAACCACUACACACAUUUCUUGAUAACAAACUAUAGUUUUGGUUAGGACAUCUACUUUGUGCAUGACAAAGGGUAAUUUAUCCAACAAUUGUUUACAGACAGAUUAUUUCACUUAUAAUUCACUGUAUCACAAUUCCAGUGGGUCAGAAGUUCACAUACACUAAGUUGACUGUGCCUUAAAACAGCUUGGAAAAUUCCAGAAAAUUAUGUUAUGGCUUUAGAAGCUUCUGAUAGGAUAAUUUACAUUAUUUGAGUCAAUUGGAGGUGUACCUGUGGAUGUAUUUGAAGGCCUACCUUCAUACUCAGUGCCUCUUUGCUUGACAUCAUUGGAAAAUCAAAAGAAAUCUUCCAAGACCUCAGACAUUUUCUUUUACACCUCCACAAGUCUGGUUCAUCCUUGGGAGCAAUUUCCAGAUGCCUGAAGGCACCACGUUCAUCUGUUCAAACAAUAGGACGCAAGUAUAAACACUAUGGGACCACGCAGCCGUCAUACCGCUCAGGAAGGAGACACAUUCUCUCUCCUAGAGAUGAACGUACUUUGGUGCGAAACGUGCAAAUCAAUCCCAGAACAACAGCAAAGGACCUUACGAAGAUGCUGGAGGAAACAGGUACAGAAGUAUCUAUAUCCACAGUAAAACAAGUCCUAUAUCAACAUAACCUGAAAGGCCGCUCAGCAAGGAAGAAGCCACGGCUCCAAAACCGGCAUAAAAAAGACAGACUACAGUUUGCCACUGCACAUGGGGACAAAUAUGGUCAUUUUUUGAGAAAUGUCCCCUGGUCUGAUGAAACAAAAAUAGAACUGUUCAGCCAUAAUGACCAUCGUUAUAUUUGGAGGAAAAAGGGGGAGGCUUGCAAGCAACAUCUCAAGACAUCAGUUAGAGCUUGGUCGGAAAUGGGUUUUCCAAAUGGCCAAUGACCCUAAACAUACUUCCAAAGUUGUGGUAAAAUGGCUUAAGGACAACACAGUCAAGGUAUUGGAGUGGCCAUCACAAAGCCCUGACCUCAAUCCCAUAGAAAAUUUGUGGGCAGAACUGAAAAAGUGUGCGUGAGCAAGGCCUACAAACCCAACUCAGUUACACCAGCUCUGUCAGGAGGAAUGGGCCAGAAUUCACCCAGCUUAUUGUGGGAAGCUUGUGGAAGGCUACCUGAAACGUUUGACCCAAGUUAAAGGCAAUGCUACCAAAUACUAAUUGAGUGUAGGUAAACUUCUAACCCACUGGGAAUGUGAUGAAAGAAAUAAAAGCUGAAAUAAAUAAUUGUCCUACUAUUAUCCUGACAUUUCACAUUCUUAAAAUAAAGUGGUAAUCCUAACUGACCUAAAACAGGGAUUUUUUACGAGGAUUAAAUGUCAGGAAUUGUGAAAAACUGAGUUUAAAUGUAUUUGGCUAAGGUGUAUGUAAACUUCAGACUUCAACUUUAUAUAUUUCCACACUGAGGUUGGAAUGAUAUUGUGAAAAUUAUGAUAAUACCCUUUUAAUGUAACAGCUGUUUGAAAAGACUGCCUGAAAUGUCAGUCAGUUUUGGUGGGAUGGAGUCAGACCAAUAUGAAUAGACCAUUAGGAAAUGGAGUUCCAAACCUGUCUGCCAAUAACAGCUAGUUUUCAGUUUUCCCCUCCCCACCCAGACCACUCCCAGACAGUCCUAGCUAAAUUCUUGCUUGACAAUUUGCUCUUUGCUAAGAAGCUGUUUUUGUUUCUUGUUGGCCAUUUGAAUUGAAAACAAUCAUGUUACCCAGAAAUGAUUUGAUGUUGAGAUAAAAAACAGCUGCAUUCGUUUUCAGUUCAGUAUUAACACCAAACUAAUACAGAAAGUUACUGAAACAGAAUGGAAAGGCCCAUUUGUAGCAAGUAGUGUUAUCCUUUUAGGUGUGUGUGUCUGUGUGUGUGUGAGAGAAAGAGACCGGAAAGAUGAUAGUGGGCUGUAAUAUGACUACAUUACCAGGUAUGGUAUAAGCCAUAGUGCAGAGAAAUUAUGAAGAGAGGGGUUGAAUAUGAAUCGUGAAUACAGGUUUGAUUUUGCUUUCUUUAGUCAGUGAACUCACACUUAUUUGAAAACAGUGCCAGCACUUUUUAUUUUAUUUGUGAUGAACUUAAGUUUGCAAUGUUUUAUCGUUUGUAUCUUUAUUGCUCCCCAAGGAGAGAUAUUUUUUUGCAAUAUUUUUGUUGUCAUGUUUAAAAUGGGCAAAACUAACGCACCUAGGACACUGGGGAUUGUGAUGAGAAGAUGGUAAGGUCAAAUGAAUGGAAUGAGUCAUGUGCAGUAUAUCAAUGACACAGGUCACUGGAUGUCUGUGUGGUAGCUAGGCAUUUAAGUUGGAAUAUUGAUAGGUGUGUAAUCAGGAUGAGCCUGAGAGAAGAUCAUAUUAAUUCGCAAAGUAGCAAUGUCAAAGUAAAUAAUUGUUUGCAAAGGCACAUGGACAAAAGACCAAAUUAAACAGUAAAAUGUCAAUUUGCUAGGAUUAUGCUCACCCUACCUCCCGAUGAUGAAACAUAAAAUUGCAAAACAAUGUGGACCAAGACAUGGAUCUGUCUAAACCUUUUCUCAAGUGUCUUUUAAUUAGACUUUUUUGUGUCUGUAAUUGAGAAAAUACUUUUAAGGGAGUUUGAUUCAAUUGCAUUGUCCUAUUGUUGAAAAUAAUACUUUUUUUUAGAAGCAUGGGUAGACCAGACCUUCAAUGAGAGAACAGCAGAGGCGACGCUAUCAUAUGGGGUAGAGCUGCCUCCAGAACCUGACUGAUCCCCAAAAAACAUCAACCUGCGUUAUAUUAUUGGGAUCUGUUUUUACCAUUCUACAUAUGAAUAACUCAUGGCAGUGCGACCGCUUUGUCAAGCUAUAUUAGAACAAUAUAUUUCCUGCUAGUGGAAACAUUAUAUUGCGGGGAAAUGUACGUAAGUGUGAUAAACUCACUGUAACAUACUGCCAUGGAUGUCCUAUUAUGAUGACAAUGAUUACUCUCAAUGAUUCAAUUAAACAAUAGCUGUGACAAUUUUUAAAAAUGAUCUUUGUACGAGUUG